AUGGCUCAACUAAAGACCCCUUUCCAAGUUCCUGAAAUAGAAAAUUGGUGCCGUGGAGAAGGCAUUGAUCCAGAUUAUGCUAUUAUGGUGAGUGGAAUUUCAGAAGACACAGAUGUUUCUACAAUUGAGGAAACGAUGCACACUGUCAAAGCUCUUGGAAGAGUCAGAGUAAGAGGGCGUAUGUACAACAAUGAGUCACAGUCUCUAAUAGUGUUAUGUGAAUGUCGUGAAAAGGUGCAUGCUGAGAGAAUUCCUCGUGAUGUCUUACCAGCUGAGGGAUCAGACCCAUGGAUCCUCAGAGUUCGCAAAGCAGAGAGUAAUGCAUCUGAUGUUAGAGAGGAAAAUUAUGUUCCACCUGAAAGUACAGAGCAAAGUGAAGAAAGUGGAGACAUACAUUCACCUAACGUAUUAAAUGCUUCUACUCCCGAGUCAAUCAUCAGGGCUGUAGGUGACCUGUUGGCCAAAACAACCAAAGCUUCAGGAGAUAGCAGUUCCUUUCGGCGUCUGAGGACUUUCUCAGGAGUAAUUCCUACUCCGGCUGGAGAGGAUAAUUUGGAAAAUUGGAUGGAGCAAGCCAUGCUUAUGGUUGAAGAAUGUGACCGUUCUGAAAAAGAGAAAAAGUUACGGAUAGUGGAGAGUUUGCGUGGACCCGCCUUAGAGAUUAUUCAAGCAGUAAGGUUUACAAACUCCAAUGCAUCUCCCAAAGAAUAUUUAGCAGCAGUUGAGAGUGCUUUUGGAAGUUCCGAGUCGGGUGAAGAUCUUUACUUCAAGUUCAGAGCACUACGACAGCGUCAUGGAGAAUGUUUGUCUGAUUUUUUAAGAAGACUAGAGAAAGUGCUAAUUAAAGUUGUACAAAGAGAUGGGCUACCUUUACAGUCUGUUGGAAAAGCUCGACUGGAACAACUAAUUAGAGGAGCCACUCAGUCUGAUAUAAUGCUGCUUCAGCUACGCCUGAGGGAAAGAAAGCAAAACCCGCCUGACUUUCUAGAGUUGUUGCAUGAGAUUAAGGAGGAGGAAGUAAGGGAAGCUGAGAGACACAAGUCUAAUCCUACAGUACGCAAAGUGCAUAUCGAAAAUGAAAAACCCAAUGACUUCUCCUUACAGGACCUCGCAACAGAGAUCCGAGAUUUACAAUCCCUGGUAGCAAAGCUAGCUGUAAAAACUCAGGAAGACUUUGCGCCUGAAAGAAAGCAGAAAAGCCAUCAAGCUGAUGAGUUUUCGGAGGACAAUCAUGAAGUGAAAGCUUUAAAAAAGGAAGUUAAGAAACUUAGACAGCAAGUAAAAGCAAUGUGUGUUCAACCAGCCUCAACAGCUGACAAAGAGGAGUCCCAGGAGAAAAAAGAAGUGUGUUCAGUAAACUUCACUCGACCCAGAGUAGCUGGAGUAAAAAGCUCUGAAGAUUUCUUUUGUUACCGAUGUGGCGGUGAUGGACACAUAGCUUCAAAAUGCAAAGCUCCUGAAAAUGAGAAAAAAGUGAUUCAGAAACUCAUUAAUUCAUUAACCUGA